AUCCCCGCUCCGUUGCGUUCGCUGCCUUUGAUAAUGAGUGUCGAAAAGUCGAAAAUUCUGCUCUCAUUGAGCAUUCUUGCGAGAAUUCAGAGCAAAGCAUCAACAAAAGGGGUGUCUGUGUGCGGACUGUGCGUUGAGUCAAAAUCGCCGGACAGAGUUGAAGUGCUUAGUUUGGAAUACGACGACGGGAUCAAUGUUGACUUAGAUGAUUUGACCCGACACGCAAUUGCAAGCAGUGCAAGUCUAGGUGAUGGUGAUAUUUACUGUACCUAUGCUAAAAAAAAUGAAGCUGGAAUUGAAGCUGAAAUUAAAGAGCUGAAGCUAAAAUAUUCACCUUCAAAAAUGGAGAUGUAUCUGAAAAAUGGGUAAGAAAUAAUGGUUGAUCUAGAAGACCUGAAUGCAAGUGAAGCAACUAAUACUACAACAGAUCAACAACCACCGCCUGAGGACGAUGAAUCUGAAAAUAGCCACAAAAAAAUGGAUGAUGGAGUAGACCCGAAGGCAGAA